CUUUGCAAUACAGAGCAGUAAGUUAGUAUGCCCAUGAAAUCCAACAUGAAACAAUGAUGAAAUUCUCAGAAAGGAAGAGAGUGAUUAUCCACUUCCGGUUACCUCCGACACCCGGAUGAAGGGAAGUCGGCACAUUAGUAUUAUGGUCUAUUCUCAGCUGAAUUACACAUUUCUUUACAUUUCUUGAGCAAGAUGGCGCGUCGCCAUCGUAGUCGAAGGGCACCAUCCGGGCAAGAAGAAUGGCAAAUGGCUCGGAGCUGGCUGAGCAGUUUAGGAGUUUUACCAGAGUUUCAUAGAGCAUCAUACCCCACUGCAUCCGUCUUUGAUCUGGCUCAGUCUCUUCGGGAUGGUGUCUUGUUGUGUCAAGUGGCUAAUCGUUUGCGUCCUAAUUCUAUACGAGAUAUCAACAUGAAACCUCAAAUGUCUCCGUUCUACUGUUUGAAAAAUAUUCGAAGUUUUCUCACUUCUUGUUCACGGGAUUUUGGCUUGACUCAAGAGGCUUUGUUUGAUGCCAACGAGCUGUACGAUGUGUCGGAUUUUGCCAAGGUUAUAAAAACUCUAUCAGUCCUUUCUCAUACACAGUAUGCAAUUACAGCUGGAUUUGAUCCUUUCCCACCUGAAGAUUCUGGACAUGACAUUCAAGAUGAGGAUAUUUAUUCAAACCUUGAGGAUCUUGCUUUAAAUCGUGACAUAACAGAGGAGGAAAACCCUUAUGAUGCUGUAACCAUUGAAGAAGAAACAAAAAUUUAUGAGGACCUUGUUUCUUAUCAAAAAUUUCCAAAGCCUGAGCGACAGACCUCAAUAGAAGAGAAAAGGAAGUAUGUUGUAGCUGAGCUCCUUGAGACUGAGAAAAGUUAUGUUGAGGCUCUUAAAAUGAUUCAAGAGCAUUUUAUUAAAAAGUUACAAUCAAUGAUGUCACCUGAUGACAAGGCUAGGAUCUUUAUCAAUAUAGAGGAUUUGUUGAAGACUCACACAAAAUUUGUGGGCAAGCUAGAGAAAGGCUGUAGCAAUGGAGGAAUGCAAAUAAGUCCUGUUUUUCUGGAAUUUAGAGAUGACUUAUUAAAGUAUGGAAAAUAUUGCACAAAAAUGUCAGAAGCUCAAUCUUAUAUUGAUGAACUUUCCAGAACAGAUCCCAAGUUUCGUGAAGGAUUAAAGGAAUGUCAAAGGAGAGCAAAUAGCAAGUUUGCAUUGAGAUCUUUGUUAGUAGUACCAUUUCAACGUGUUUUAAAGUACCCUCUUUUAAUACAGGAGCUUAACAAGCAGACAAAAUCAACACAUCCAGACAAAAAAGGCCUUGAAAAAGCCCUAGCGGCUGUGCAGGAUGUUGCAAAGUUCAUCAACCAAUUGAAACGUGAUGAUGAAAACUCAAGAACUGUUAAAGAUAUUGAAGACAGCUUGAGCAGCGAAGUGGAUAUUAAUUUAUUCAGAUUUGGGCAUCUUUUGAAAGAUGGUGAACUCCUCAUAAAAGUUAGUGAUCAGCCACCUAAGAAAAGACAUGCUUUUCUCUUUGAUACAGCGCUAAUUAUCUGCAAGACAAAGGGAGACACAUACCACCACAAGCAGUCCAUGUUUCUCCAGUACUUUGAAAUCCAAGACAUGCCAUCUAAUCCAGUGAAGAAUAAGUUUUCUCACAGUUGGUAUAUGAAAAAUCUGGAGCAAGAACGAAAUUCUUGUUAUAUGUCAACCAAAACAGAAGAUAUGAAAAACAAAUGGAUUAAUGACCUUACAACGGCCAUGGACGCUGUUACAUUAAGGAACGUUGACCAAGGCAGUCACAAGUUUGAACUACAUACAUUUCCUUCGCCGACGUAUUGUGGAGUUUGUUCAAAUCUAUUGUGGGGUUUAACAAACCAAGGAUACAAGUGUGCGAUUUGUGACGCCGCUGCUCACAAGGACUGCAUACCAAAGACCAGUGCAUGUCGAGCAAGUCCUGGAUUCCAUGGUCAGUUCUCUGGUACAUCGCCAUUUCGUCCCCAUAUGGCUGCCAGAAAUCCCUUCUCUAAACAAACUUCGUCGCCUAUACCUCCAAAACUCAGCCCGGACUUAGCUAAACAUAGAAAAGUCUCGGCGCCAGCGAGAAUACGACAAGGAAAUACAAAUCAGUCUCUUUACGUAGCUACUUCAAACUUUGCUGGAAUCGCUCCUGGUGGCCGCCCAGUUCUUAGUUUUGUAGUCGGAGAUGAUAUUGAACUAAUCAACAAGAAUGACCCUGAAUGGUGGGAGGGCCGGUCGAAGAGGACUGGAGCCGUUGGUUAUUUCCCUCAAAGUCACGUGGUAGGUAGAAGACAGAAUUUUGCGAAAUUGUUUGUCCUAUACGAUCUAAAUGACUGGGAAAUCUCCUUUCUUAGAGUUCAUUCGACUCCUCCACCGUCAAAUUUGAACGUUUCAUUAAGAAAUUUCAACUGGUUUGCCGGCAAGAAGGACAGACCGUGGGCUGCACAAGAGUUAAAUACCAAGAGCGACGGCACUUUCCUAAUAAGGGAAAGUGUUAACAGAUCUGGAGAAUACGCUUUAUCCGUCAAAUUUCGUAGUGAAGUAAAACACAUUAAAAUCCCAUACGAAGAGGGAGCUUUCUACUUAACGAAAGCAAUAUCUUUUUCAUCAGUUGAGGAACUAGUUGAGUACUACAAGGCCAACACUUUGGGCGUGAGUUUUCCAGGGCUAGACACGAAGCUACGGUACGGAGUUAAUGAGGAACAAAAAGGCAAAGGUGGAAUUGGUUGGGCCAAAGCAUUGUAUUCUUAUUCGGCGAGGAAUCCAAAAGAAAUUUCUAUUCAGAAACAUUCCAAGAUUCUGAUACUCAACAAAGAAGGUGAUUGGUGGAAAGGAGAAUGCGAUGGCCAGGUUGGUUACUUUCCGUCAAAUUUCGUAGAGGUCCUCAAAGAUACUAUUGAGCCGCAAAACUAGAACAUUCUCCAUUGGAGCUUAAUUGUGUUCAACACCUAGUAAUGGACGCCACUUGCCCUGAGCGAAGGAUCGGGGAUGAAAGCCCUAGUCAAUUUAACGGUUAAGUUGGCGAGGAUCAAGGCUGUACGGGAAAAGGGAUAGCAGUUGGAUCGUCACAAUGAAUCAACGUAUCGAUGAAGUGAACAUUGAGAAGAAAUCAAAAAGUGAACCAUAUAGAUAAUAUUGUCGUUUUGUGUUGGCUCGAGACGACAAAGACUUCUUGCAAACACAACAUUACGACUAAACGUUUUUAUUCGAAAUUUCGCGGUUAAUCGCGGACAACGUUUCUUACAUUAGUCUAAGAGAAGUAGCUCUUCUUUGUCAUGUAUCAUGAGGCAUGAAGCGAAAAACGCACGCAGCAGGAAAAAUGGCCUUUUUUGCUUCUGCUUCAGUUGAUAAUACACGAGUUUGAAGAUGUAACUUAUUCAGGGCCGGGAAUCAACGGACGAAGUACGCUCACUACAUACGAAAAUUUGUAGUGAGGCGGUCUUCCUGGGUUGAACCUGGCCUCGAUUUUACAGAAAGUGGACAAUUCUUGUUUGAAUCUUGUUUUAUUUUAAUAUAAUGACCAAAAGCCAAUAUACUUAGGUCACAGUUACGCUGGUCAGUUGACCGCAGAAAGUGAUGUGUGAAUUGUACUAUUUAUAAUUUCUCAUGAGAAAUUUCUAGUUAGUCGAGACAGUCAUUCAUGUGAAGGCAAAUAACCCAAUUAGGUGAAAUAUCUCACAGGCCAAAAGGCACAGUCGGAUAUCUUAAAAUUAUACUUCAUAGCAAGGGUUAGACUAUUUUAACAAAGGAAAUGAAAAUAAGGAGGUGUAUAUACAAUUUUCAUUUCAGAUAUCCUCUAAGCCUCUGUUAAGUAUGAUAUAGACAUAUCAAACUGUGCCUACUGUUAAAAGGUGUCGUGUUAAACAGCUGUUUGUUCCAAAUACGGCAGGUUAGGUUACAUGUCUACAGAUGGAUACAAGGAGUCUUUAUUUUCCUUGAAGUCUGUAGAGAUAGGAAAGGACAGGAUUGGCCCGCGCCAAUAGCCCUUUUCAGGGUUAACGUUUCUCCUUUUGAGUGAAUGACAUUCUAUGGCUUCUGCUCGAACUUGCCUGGCACCCUACCCGGCGAGUAGCUAGUUUCUCUACCGCCACAGACGAGAGAGGAUCUCGUUCGGGGUGUGAGGAGAAACCAACCUUUCGCAGGGUAUUCUCACCCACGUUGAACUGUUCCGUCUCCAGAAGCUUUGCAUUUCAUUUGUGAAAUGCGGGAGACAGAGCGCGGAGCUAGUUUUCCGAGUGCAACAGGCACAGAAUAGGCUAUUGUCGAUAUAUUAAAAUUCAGCUUGGCAGUGAGGCCUAGAGGACACAAACAAAGGAAUAGCUGUUAUUACAGUUGUCAGCGGUUUGACAUACGAACGAGGCGAAAUGGUCAAUUUUGCUUUGUAUUGACCCGUUCGCCUCGUUUGCAUGCCCUUUUAAGCAAAGGAAUAUUAGACCGCAGGCUGAACUGUAAUAACAGCUAUUGAAUGACAAGUUUAUUCAUUUCUUUUGCUUGUGUCCUCUAGGCCACACUAUCAGGCUUAAUUUUAACAUAUCAAAAAUGGCCUAUUCCACGCACACUGUGCUCCCAACAAGGAGGGGCACCUGGGGACCUUGUAACUGGUAAUAAGGAGAAGUUAAUCAUGAAAAGGGUUUAUUUGCGCAUGAGAACAACUCUUCAAUGAAAUUAGCUUACCAAGAAACGACGUUUUUUUUCCCCUCGCAUACGUUCAUAUUAGAUAAUUGGAAUUCGUGGGGUUAGGCGAUGUUCUUUGCGAAUUUUAGGCAAAUUAUAAAUAUUGUACAGUGUUUUACGCUCGGCUUGAAUGAUGAACGCGUAUAAAUCUGUAACAGUCAUAUUCGUUUUAAACUCAUUCAUUAGUCCUCUACAACCAAAAGCUAGCUUAUCCUCGUGAAACAACAUUAUACAGUACAAUUUUACACUGUAAGGCCAUUUAUCUUAAUAGAAGUUUUGGCACGGUUCGCACGAAAUUGUUCGCGGAGUUUCUUUCUCUUCUUCCCUCUCAAUUUUAUCCGAACCGUGCCAAAAAUGCCGUGUGGUGUAAAAUGAGCCUUGAGUGUCUGUUUAUAUACCUUGGUCCAAGAGGUUUUCCUUUUUCUCUAGCUCAUUUAAUUUUGCAUUGAAAGAAGAAAGAAAACCUCUCGGUCCACUAGUCAAGAGUUUAUUUGACCGCACGAAAAAUUAAAGAUGACAUUCGUAACCAAUUAGAUCAGUUGAUGUGUACAUCCAUACUUCAGAUCCAAGGCAAACCUUUCUGGCAAUUCUCAGCUCACUCCAACAGUAGGCCAUUUCCGAGUUGCCUUUUGCCUGUGUCAAAACGCGAAACCAUUAAGAAAAUGAGUUCCGCCUUCAGUUCGCUUUCAUUUUCAUGCGAAUCAAACUUAUUUACCUAAGAAAGGUUUUGCACGAAGACUCGUUUUGAAACAGAGGCACAAGGUAACUCGGAAAUGGCCUGUUGUGUGCUCAGUUACCUGGCCUAUAAAUGUAAGCGAGGCUGGUGACAGACCAUUGGAGUGCAAACUAGUUAGCGGUAGAACAACUUGAAUUACACACAAAAGCUGUGAGGUCUGCAUCAAAACAAGAUCACCUCUAGCCAAAGGUCAGGUCACCGAGCAGACAACUGUAAAAUGGUCUAUUGAAGAAACCACUGUUGGGGAAACCACUUACGAACGAAAAGGAAACCUUUUUUGUGUUCAUUCAGUAUUUUAGCCGCGGACCAUCGUAAUACGAGAACAGAAGCGUUUAUAAGUUUUGGCGCCGGGUCUGCAAACUCGCUUGGGUGAACAGAAUCAUCAGCAUUUCGACAAUGAAUUGUGAUUUGAAAGUCGGCUUUUCUUAAAGUAUUUUUUCGAAGUCAUACCUACACAAUUAAAUUGCUGUGCACAGGAUUGCCGUUUACCCAUAAUUUAAGACGCGAGAAUGUAAGAAGAGGCAACUGAAGACGCAAGAAUCUAAGCGGAAAAGGAACGAAAACGCAUGGUCACAAACCCUAUAACCUCAGGAAACGCGGCUUCUUUAUAGAUGUACAUGUAUUUUUGUCACGUGCGGACCGUUACCCCAUGCAGACGAUAACAAAUCGAACGCUUUCUUACCGACAGAACUCUCUACCGUUACUUAGAUAAAAAAAGAGAGAAGUAUAGACAAAGAAAGUUAUACUUCAAAACAAUCGGAGUUUAUAUUUACUCUUUCUACAUAAAAAUAACAGUUAAUACAAAAAUAUAUCAUGUCCUUACUAUAGUGCAAGCAACUGGAUGCGCUAUUCAAAACUUCCUCUCUCUUUCAUUGUUACUUUGGAGGAGUUUCCGUUCGCAGUUCGACGAUCUCUUUCCUUCAAACGUAUGAUAGAAAAAUAAUCCUUUUAAAAAAACCCGAGCGACACAAGGCAGACGGUUCUUUUCACGCGUCAAAAGAUCAUGAAUCUUCAAAGGAAAAAAA